GACCAGCGAUGGACAGAGUACCAAUCUGGCUUCUCUUCUCUGCUGCAGUGGACCAGACAACAUACAGCCCUCAUGACCAACAGGAGCUUCCCCCACAAUCCUGUGAAUCUCAAGGCACUUUACAAUGAAUAUGUCCACUUCAAAGAAACAGAGGUUCCUGCAAAGGAGAGAGAGAAGAGCUACAUUGAGCACCUUUACAAGCUUCUGGAGGCGUGGAUAGAGUUCGGGCGCAUUAAGCUGCCUCAAGGGCUACACCCUAAUGAUCUGGAGGAGGAAUGGGGAAAACUGAUCCUGGAGAUGUUGGAGAGAGAGAAAGCACUGAGGCCUGCUGUGGAGAGGUUGGAGUUACUCCUACAGAAGGCCAAUAAGAUCCAGAACAUGGCUCUAGAUUGUGAGGAGAAACUCACGUUGGCGAAGAACACUUUGCAGGCUGACUUGUCUCAGCUAGAGAGUGGGCAGCCGGUGCGGUGUGAGAAUGAAUUGGGGAUGUAUCUGCAGGACUGUGAGGCUUUAGUCAGACAGCUUCACCUUGACCUGCAGGUCCUCAGAGAUGAGAAGUACUACCAAUUGGAGCAGCUGGCUUUCAGGGUGUCAUGUCUGCAGGAGGAGCUGGUCUCUUUGCGCCUGCAGUGUGCCAGUGUGUACAGGAAGGGUCAUUUCUCCACAGGGGGUCUGCUGGGAGAGCACGUGGGUCAGAGGGGUUCUUCAGGCGGUCUGGCUACACUGGGAGCACAGACGCUUCUGGGAGCAGUGGGAGCUGCGGCAUCCCUGCUCAGACGGCCGAUGUCUCGUGCGGACCUGUUAGCCAUGUCUUCCUCUGAGGAUGAAGGCAGUCUGCGCUUCAUCUACGAGCUGCUGGGGUGGGUGGAAGAGACGCAGGACUUGCUGGAGCGAGCUGAAUGGGGUUCUGAUCUGCCCUCUGUAGAACAGCACCUGCAAGACCACCACAUCAUUCACACGGCAGUGGAAGAUCUUCUGAAUAGCCUCAAAGAGGCUCGAAACUAUGAGUCAAGGGUCUCACCUAAUUUAAGUAGCAGUUACUCUGAGACUCUAUCCAAGCUGGAGAACCAGUAUUGCAAGCUGCUGGAACAUUCGUCAUGGCGACUGCGUUGCCUAGAGAGCCUUCGAGCUUUUGUGUCCCGCUGCACUGAGGAGCUGAUCUGGCUCAAUGAGAGGGAGGAGGAGGAGCUGGCCUUCGACUGGAGCGACAGCAACACCAACAUGGCUGCCAAAAGAGAGCAGUAUUCUGACAUGAGGUCAGAGCUGGAGGAAAAACAGGAAGUGAUGCACUCUCUCCAGGAGACAGUUGACCACCUGUGUCAGGAGAACCACCCAGCCAAACAAACAGUGGAGGCCUACAGUGCUGCCCUACAGACGCAGUGGCAGUGGAUCAAAGAGCUCUGCAUAUGUGUGGAGCAGCAUCUCAAGGACAACACUGCCUACUUCCAGUUUAUGAGUGAUGCACGGGACUGUGAAAACUAUCUACGGCAGUUACAAGACACCAUUAAGAGACAGUAUACCUGUGAUAAAAACAGCAGACUAGGCAGAUUGGAAGACCUGCUGCAGGACUCCAUGGAGGAGAAAGAACAAUUGAUUGAAUACCGCAGCACAGUGGCCAGCCUUGUAGGCCGAGCCAAGUCUGUAGUCCAGCUCCGUCCACGCAGUGCAGAUAGUAACCUGGGCACCAACACGCCCAUUCGUGCCAUCUGUGACUACCGACAAAUAGAGGCCAACUCUCAGAUCACGAUCAGCAAAGGGGAGGAGUGUGUAUUGGAGGAUAACUCUCAGAGGACUAAGUGGAAGGUCAUCAGUCCCACAGGAAAUGAGGCCAUGGUGCCAUCUGUGUGUUUCACCAUUCCUCCCCCUAAUCAGGAAGCCAUCGACACUGCCAUCAGAAUGGAGCAGAUGUACCAGAACGUCAUGUCUCUAUGGCACCAGCUGCAUGUCAACAUGAAGAGCGUGGUCUCCUGGCACUACCUGCAGAAAGACAUACUAAAUAUUUCCUCCUGGAGUCUGGACACAAUGCGCUUGCAGGCUCCAGCAGAGAGGCAGCAGGCUUUAGACAACCUUGACGCCCACUUGUCCGACUUCCUUACGGACAGUCGCGAGAGUUCCCUUUUCACGCCAGCUGAACGCUGUGAGCUAGAGCGAGAAGCUGAGAACUGCCGGGAACAUUGCCAAGCACUGCAGGUCUCUUUGGAGACAGUGGAGAAGGAUGAGUUGGCCUCUCGUGCUUACCUCUCAGAGCUGCAGAGCAUCAAGUCGCAUCUGGAGGAUGCAGAGAGCAGACUGAUGCGUGGCAUACAGACUCCACACCCCAGCACAAUAUCAGGAGACAAUACAGUUCACAUAGCAGAGCAAGAGAAACUGCAGCAGGAUCUGAAAGGACUUCAGUCAGAUUUGGGUGAGGUGUCUCGUCGCUGCGUGAGCUUCUUUGAGGAGAAGCCUUCCUCUUCUAGUGUGCCUGUCCUACGCUCUGAGCUCAACCUGGCCAUAGAGCACAUAGAGAAACUCAACUCCCUGUCCUCUGUUUAUCUGCAAAAAUUGAAGACGGUUGAUGUGUUGAUGAGAAGCCUGCAGGCUGCAGAAAGUCAGGUGAGAAAGUAUGAGAGUCGACUGAGUGAAGAGGAUAUUGUGCCCGCUGAUACUGCUGCAAUCCAGGCCUUGGGAGAGCAGUUAAAGAAAUGGCAUUCAGAGCUGGAGGAGCAGGAUCACAUAUUCAAGAGUCUGAGUUUAGAGGUCCAGCAGACUAGAGAGGUCAGAAACCAGCUCAACCAACUGCACCCUGACCGCAGCCCUGAACUGGACCGCUAUCAGGAGAAAGCGCAACAGCUCACAGAGAGGUGGAGUGGAGUGAGCAGGCAUAUGGAGACACGGCAAGCGGAUCUGGAGAUGCUGGGUUCAGUGCUGCAGCAGUACAGAGAAGGCCACACCUCUCUUAUCCACUGGAUAGAGGAGACCACCAAAAAACAGGAGAACACGCAACCCGAGCAGACGGACAGCAGAGCUUUGUCAGAACAGCUCGCACAGCAAACAGCCUUGGUGGCUGAGAUAGAACAGAACCAGGUCAAACUGGAUGAAUGCCAGACGUACUCUAAACAGUACUGCGCUGCUGUUAAGGACUAUGAACUCCAACUUAUGACGUUCAGAGCUUUUGUUGAAUCAACCCAGAAGUCCCCUGUGAAAAGGAGGAGGAUGCACUCUUCAUCAGAUGUCAUCACACAGGAGUUUAUGGAUUUACGCACACGCUACACAGCUCUGGUUACCCUGACAACGCAACAUGUCAAGUAUAUUAGUGAUGCACUACGGCGACUAGAGGAGGAAGAGAAAGAGGUGGAAGAAGAGAGGCAGGCACGAGUGGGCCAGGUCUCAGAGCUGCUCGGCUGGGUCAAGGGCCUACAGGAGCACACUGGCAGAUCUGCCAAGCCAUCACUUGCUGCACAGCAGGCUAUUAGUGAGCAGUUAGCAGCUAAAAAAGAGGAAGUUGCUGAAGCUAUCAGGAGCACCCAAGUUUUCCUGAUGUCAAAACAGGCCAGCAAGCUGUCUCCUGAAGAGCGUGCACAGGUGGUCUCCCAGCUGGAUGAACUGACGGCCACCUACACUCAACUGUGUGACAGUUCUAACGCACAGUUGCAACAACUUGAGGAGCAGCUGGCCAAAGAGGAGAAGCGCAAGGGCCAAGAAGUCAUCGCUGGAGUAAUUGACCUUGGCACCAUGGAAACCUUUCCAGUUUUCCAGGCAGCUCAGCGUGGCCUCAUAGACCAAGACACCUGUCAUGUACUGUUGGAAGCACAGGUUAUCAUGGGUGGUCUAUUCCAGUAUGACUCCCCUGAUAAACUGUCAUUAGAUAAGUGGCUUUCCAGUGGUUUGAUUGAUAAACAAACUUACCAAUCACUGGAAGAGUUAGAGACUGCCCUUGGUCUUGUCAACACAGUAAAAUUUGCAGAGGGUCAGGAAUUACCAGUCGCCACUGCUAUGAAAGAAGGUGUCAUAAAGCAGCUGGUGGGACUACGUAUACUUGAGCUGCAGAUAAGCACUGGCAGCCUGAAGUUUGGUCCCAAUGGAGAAAUGGUCAGCCUGGAUAAUGCAAGGGAGAAGGGAUUGUUAUCCCCUGAUCUUUGUCAAAAGCUGCAAUCCUGUCUUCACCGGCGAGAACUUAUUGAUCCAAAUACAGCAGAAAAACUAAGUCUGGUUGAAUUUCAACAGCGUUGUGUUGUCAAUCAAGAGACGGGUCUGCGCUUCUUUCCAGUUAAACAGAAGCCAGGAGGAACUGUCUGCUUAUGCUCUGGCAGAAAGGUGGGAAUAUUCUGUGCUGUUCAAGAGGGGCUUAUCGACCGGCAUGUCACAGUUCGACUUCUGGAGGCUCAGUUGUUUGCUGGAGGUAUCACAGACCCCCGCUCGGGACACAGAUUGACUGUUAAUGAGGCUGUCCGGCAUGGCCUAAUGGAUCAGGACUUGGCCUGCACCCUCAUGACAAGACAGCUACAAGCAGGGGGAAUAAUAGAUCCAAUCAGUGGGGAGCGUCUAGAGUUGGAUGAAGCCAUAAAAAGAGACCUUCUCUCUCCUCGCAUAGCCUUACAUGUACUUCAAUCUCUCCAGUCUUUCAUGGCAAUGAUGUGGCCAGAAUCAGGGGAGUUGCUUCAUGUAAGUGAGGCACUUCAGCAGGGUGUUGUCAAUAGAGAGCUUGCUGCAAAAGCCCUGAGAAAACGUCAUUCUGUUGGUGCAGUAUAUCUCCCUGAGAGUGGACAGGUGGUCCCUCUGCAUCAAGCUGAUAAGAUACUUAAGCCUCAGGCAGUGGAGAUCCUAAAACAGAUCCAGGUUCCAGAUGUCCUUCCCAAUGUGACUCAGUCAAGUUCCUCAUAUAUGAAGCGAUUGAGUUCUGGAUCUGCCUAUUCUUCAUCACCCCCUGCUUCACAUGCAGAUGUCAAUUACGACUUUUCCAUCAUGGAGGAAGGUAGGUCAGAAGAACAGGUUCAAUACCACCUUCUCACUCAAGUGAUGACACACAGCUACAUUGAUGCUCACUCAGGAGAACGUCUAGUCCUACUAGAACCUGAACUGGUAGAACUAAUAUGUGAAAAUGUUAAAACCACAAAUCUUGUCAGACCAGUCCAACACAAAAUCUGUGAUAACAUUAGAGUUACAAUGGACAGCGAAGCUAUUAGUGGGAUUGAAGAGGAAGAACAUGAAGAACCCAAAAUUAUACAAUAUGAUAUUGCCUGCAAAGACUCUUAUUUGGAAGAGACUAUAGAAAUGUCAGGGGAAGAUCUUGCACCCUUGAUGGUCACCAACAAAACCUUUAAAGAGCCUUUGCAUAAAGUAGUUUUGCAAGAGAAAGUUCUAUCAUCAGAAGAGUAUGAACAACCCAAGAUAAAAGGUAAAAUUGUCUGCAAGAUCACUGAUAUAGGAGAGACAGUAGAAAGAACAGAAGAUCUUGUACCAUUGACAGAAACAAACAUAGCUUUUAAAGAGCUUUCAAAUGAAGAGAUUCAAGAAGUUUUGUCAUCAAGAGACUAUGUAGAACCCAAGGUUAAAAAAGGUGACAUUGACAGGAAGAACACUGACAUGGGUAAGACUAUAGAAGGAGCAGUGGAAGAUGUUGCAUGCUUGACAGGCACAGACAGAACUUUUAUAGAGCCUUCACAUGCAGAGGUUUGGCAUGAGAAUGUUCUAUCAUCAAGAGAAUGUGAAGAACCCAAGAUUAAAAAAGAUGAAAUUGAGAGCAAUAAUACUGUUGUGGGUGAGUCUAUCGAACUGGCAGAGAAAGAUCUUCCACACUUGGUGAGUAAAGACAGACCCUUUAUAGUGCCUUCACAUAAAGAGAACUGGCAAGAGAAAGUUUUGUCACCAGGAGGACAUGAAAAACCCAAGGUUUUAAAAGGUAAAAUUGCCUGGACAAACACUGAUAUAAGUGAGACAGUAGAAAAAGUAGAGGAAGAUCUUGCACCCUUGGCAGGCACAGCCAGAGCUUUUAUAGUGCCUUUACAUAAAGAGAACUUACAAGAGAAAGUUCUAUCGUCAGGACAAUAUAAAGAACCCAAGAGUAAAAAAGAUGAAAUUGCCAGCAAGAAGACUAACAUAGGUGAGACACAAGAUCUUGCAGCUUUAAAAGGCUCAGAAAUAACCUUUAUAGAGACUACACAUGAAGUUGUUUGGCAAGAGAAAGUUCUGUCAUCAGGAGAGUAUGAAGAACCCAUUAUUAUGAAAGGUAAAAUUGCCUGGAGGAACACUGGUAUGGGUGAGAUGAUAGAAAAAGCGGAGAAAGAUUGUGCACCCUUGACAGACGCAGACAGAGCUUUUAUAGAGCCUUUAAAUAAAGAGAAUUUACAAGAGGAAGUUCUUUCAUCAGGACAAUAUAAAGAACCCAAUAUUAAAAAAGAUGAAACUGUCAGCAAGAAGACUAACAUAGGUGAGACACUAGAAAGACCAGAGGAUGUUGCAGCUUUAACAAGCUCAGAAAUGAACUUUAUAAAGCCUACACAUGAAGUUGUUUGGCAAGAGGGAGUUCUGUCAUCAGGAGAAUAUGAAGAACCCAUGAUUAUGAAAGGUAAAAUUGCCUGGAAGGACACUGGUAUGGGUGAGAUGAUAGAAAGAGCAGAGAGGGAUCUUGCACCCUUAACAGGCACAGAAGGAACUUUUAUGGAGCCUUCACAUGCGGUUUUACAAGAGAAAGUUCUGUCAUCAGGAGAAUGUGAUGAAUCUACAAUUUUAAAAGGUAAAAUUGCCUGGAGGUAUGCUGAUGUGAGAGAGACAAUAGAUAGAGCAGAAGGAGAUCUUGCACCCUUGACAGUCACAGAAGGAACUUUAAUGGAGCCUUCACAUGAGAUUUGGCAAGAGAAACAUUUGUCAGGAGAAUGUGAUGAACAUAAGAUUAAAAAAGAUGUUAUUGACAGGAAGAACACCGAAAUGGAUGAGACUAUAGAAAGAGCAGAGGAAGAGCUUCCACUCUUGACAGCCACAGUAAGAGCCUUUAUAGAGCCUUCACAAGAAGAUUACUGGCAAAAAAAAUUUCUGUCAUCAGGACUAUAUGAAGAGCCCAAGAUUAAAGUAAAUAAAAUUGCCAAUAUGAAGACUGAUCUGGGUGAGACUAUAGAAAAGACAGAGGAGCAUCUUGCACCCUCGACACUGAAAGACCUAAACUUAACAGUGCCUUUUCACACAAGCUCAACUCUACUGAAGACUAUAUCAGAUAAUGGGGCGCCCUCUCAGAAUCAAAUUAUAGAUUCAACAUUAAAUGAGUCUAAAAAAAAGCAAACACUUGUCCUGGAACAAGCAGAUAGUAGUGGGGUAUUUCUAGAGAUAACGGAACAAAAAAUGUUUGACAUGAGUGAAGGCAGUGCACAUACUUCACUACAAGAUACUGUAAAUGUAAGACAGUAUGAUCAGCUGAAUGUCAAACCAGAUGAAGCCAAGACUGCAAAACAGCCAGAGGAACUAAACAAAAUGGUUGAACAUGAGGAAAAUAAAAUAAUCUUUUAUCAGCCUGGUAAUGAUGAGAAAUUAUACCCUUCAGAAAGGAAGACUUUGUCAGUGGAACUAAGUGAUGAUGAUGUGAAGCUUGGGAGUACGGCAAUGGAUCUGCAACAAGGGGGUCUUGUAACUGUAGGUGGCCAGAAAGUUCUCUUGGAUGAAGCUCUGGCACAGGGUUUGCUUCCAGGGCACACUGCUAUUAAGCUUAUGGAAAAAGCUGGUCUCUUUGGUGGUUUUCUGGAUAUUAAAGCCUGUAAGUCACUUAGUGUUGAGGAUGUGAUGCAAGAAGGCCUGUUGGAUGAGGACUUGAUGGCCCGUGUUCGUCAUUCAGAAAAUAUAUUAGCCGGUGUGAUUGAUGUGGAGCAUGGUCGGCUUUGCUCAGUAAAGGAAGCUGCUGAGGCAGGCCUGUUGGACUCUGAUACGGCUGUUCGACUUAUUGAAGCCCAGGUUGUGUCAGGGGGAAUAGUUGACCUACGAAGAGACAAGAAGGUAUCAGUUACCCUUGCAGCCAACCUUGGGUUGAUUGAAGAAGGUAGGAAAGAGAAGCUUCUUUCACUGGAAAAGUCAUGCAGAAGAAAAUGUUCAGAUCAAAAUGCAGUGCAAACCAAGUUUGCACUACAGUUACAAAUAAAAGGAGUGGUGGACCCAAAAACCGAAAAGCCUGUCCCACUGGAACAAGCCCUUCAAACUGGCUUAAUUGGACAGGAUGAGGCUCAGAUGAUUCUAUGCCAGCAGGUUGCAGAAGGUGGUAUUGUGCAUCAUGGCUCUGGUGUUCGCCUUACUGUUGUGGAUGCACUACACCUGGGUCUCAUAAAUCACACAGUCGCUCCAAAGUUGAUGGAACUGGAAAAGGCUUUCAAAGGCCAAGAGCCAUGUAGUUUGGAUCAAGACACUUCAUUUCUUCAGGCCUCUACAGGUUCUAUUUAUGAUGAUGCAUCAAAAAGCAGGAUUACUCUGAGCGAGGCUGUUUCUAAAGGCCUUCUAGAUGAUGAAACGGCAAAUAAAGCUAUGGCCUCACCCAAUGUGAAGAGCGGAUUGUUGGACCCUCAUAAAGCUUGUGUUGUGUCAUACUCUGAGCUGAUAAACCAGGGUAAAAUUGACAUUGAGACAGGACAGAGAUUCCUUGAAGUGAGACCUUUCAGGGGUGUUCCACAUAAACAAACUGAUGAAAUGAUGACCUUACCACAGGCAAUUAAGGCAGGCCAAGUAGAUCCCAUACCAGCAGUGAGAGUAUUGCAGAGUCAAGCAGAUUCUGGGGGUAUCAUUAACAUUUAUAGUGGAGAGCGUUUGCUUCUUCCAGAGGCUAUAAAUAAAGGCUUAGUUGAUAAAGACAUGGCUAAAUGUAUUGCUACAAAUCAACUCUUGAAAGGGGGGUUGCUCAGUCCAGCCAGUGGACAGAGGGUCUCCAGCAUUACUGAGGCAGUUGAAUAUGGGCUUAUUUCGACAGAAAUGGCUGCAGAACUUCAACACAGCAUGGGCCUUGUAGAUGAAGAUGAGAGGAAAAGUUCCAAAAUACCUGCUUCUUUAACGAAAGGACCAUCUAGUUCUUUUUUUCCUGAGAUGAUAUCAGAGCGGGUCAGUCCUAAUAAAAUGUCACUUGAGAAAAGUCUAUUGAAUAUACCAUCCCCACCAUCAUCAUAUCUUACAGAGGCUGAAAUAAAAGAUGCAGAUCCUCUGAAAAAAGAGGAGCUUGAAUCUUUUGACGUCCGUCCUGAUUUACAAAGUAAGGAACAAUUGGUUGAUGCAGUGAUGCAGGACAGCAAUGAUACAUCAUUGGAGGUUCUGACAGAAUUUACCUUGAAAGCAGAAAAGAGACUUCAGCAGGCCAUUAAAGUGAUAAAGCCCACAGAAAGCGAAUAUAUAAAAUCACAGCCAAUUCAAAGCCCUGAGCAACCUGAAGAGAUUACUGACAUCAAAUUGCAAAAGGUGGAAGUUAAGAACUCAACAGCUUUACUUGACAACACCACAGAGUUGGAAAUCCAGAGGCAGACAGUAAAUAAAUCUGCAGUUUCUACUGCCAUAUUAUUAGAAAGCAGUGAUAACAGCAAGGAACAAGUCCCAUCUACAGAGCAAACAAAAGGAGAGAGAAAGAUCCAAAGGCAGACAGUAAGUGAACCUGCAAUCAAUUUAUCAAACACUGAUGAUGGCUUGCAAAACAAGGAACAAACCGCAUCUAUAGAGCAAAUUGAAGGGCAUAGUUUCAAGCUAGAAGCAGAUCAGUCAGUGUCCAAACAAGAGAAAAUCAAGGACAGCCAGGAGACUGGAUUGGAUCCUUAUGCUUCUACACCCACAAGGCCAGUUAAGGCAUCAGGAAAAAAGAAAGGCAGAGGGAAAAAUGUUAAGCAAUAUAAAAUGGAAAUUGAUGUAAAGCCACAAGUUUCAGACACCGUAGCCAGGAUUUCACCUAUAGAAAAAGCAGAAGAUGAUGGACAAGGUGGCUUUACCACUAGUCAAAAGCCUAUUAUGAAAGACGAUGAAGAGAAGGUGAUUGAAGUACAGCUAUCAGAGACACCCCAUGCAAGUGGUAUCCUUACACCUGUGACAGGGAGUGAUGAGACUGUGCAAGGCAAAUAUUUGGAAGUAGGUGUGUAUAGAACUCCUAAUGAAACUGAAACCUCCAACCGUGAGUCUGAUCAUGAAAGCAAUGCAAGACAGAAAGAGAAGACUCUAACACAGCACAGUGUCACAACUUGCAUGGCAAAAACUGACCAGGGUCAGGAGGCUAUUGACGUCUCUAAGGACCUUGCCACUGAUAUAUCAGAAAAGAAGAGAAAGAAGAAAAGCAAAAGUAAAAAAGUUAAGCAAGUGUGUAUUGUUGAAGCAGAAGGAGUAGAGAAAAGAGAUGAUGAGACUGAGAAAGAGCAUAAGACUGUGAUCCAUGAGGUCGAACUUCAAAGCAGUCAAUCAGAUGAGAAAGAAAGUAUGAAGCAACUUGAGAAAGCCAAUCAGGCAAUGGCACAGAAGGAAAAACUUUUGAUGAAAGCUAAGGAAAGCAUUCUUAGGAAGGUGUUUGAGCGAGGAGUGAGUGAAAAACAAGCUGCUGAAGAAUUAGAAGCGAUGCGUCAAGUAGCUAGUAAUGGAGAAUACCGCAUUACCACCCAAGAGGAAACUAUUGUAGAGAAGACAAGCUAUAAGCCUCCUCAAAGUAAGAAGAACGACAAUAAACUACACCAGACGGGGCAAGAAAUGAACAAAAGGUCAGUGCCAGACAUGGCAGAGAAUCUUCUACCUGGGUCUGAUAGCGAUCUAUGCUCCUCAGCUAAAGCACAGCUUCAAAAACAGGAAGAAGAUCAACAUGACAAGCAUACAAACACGGGAUUAAGUGGAGAUGAUAUGAAUCAGAAUAUUCCAUCUAUGAAAACCUCUGAUGACAUUGUGAACAUAAACCAGAAAGAACUGGUUCUAAUCCAGAAUUUAGAAGGGGAAACCAAAGAAAGAACAGCAGAAAAACAAAGCAUUGAGCCAUUAUAUACAGAUGAAAUGUUGAUAGAGCCUAUGAGUGAAUUGACCUUGCCAUCAAGCACUGCAGUGACUGACAGCCAUGAAAUUGCUAAAUCAAUAGCCCUCAAAUGUGUCUUUGACAUCCCAGCAGUGAAGGACUCCAAAGCACUUCUAUCAAGUGAGGUGUGUACUCCUUUACAAAAUACCAAAACAGCAGUGAAAAAGGUAAGCAGUGAAGUUCAUCAAGAAAGAAUCGAGGAGCCCCCUUUCAGUGAUUAUGAAGGCACAGAUGAACCUUCUAUACAACAAUGUAAAGUUUCUGGUCUACCCCAUAUGGAGGUGAUCCCAGAGUCUGCUACCAAACAGAAAGAAGAGGUGGAAGAAUAUGCAGAGGCUUUAGUGGAACCGCAGCCUGGAGAAGUUCAAAUUAAUAUUGAACAAAUAAGAAAAGACACCACAAAAGCUAGCAAGACCUCACUGGCUCGCCAAGAGUGCUUAGAACAUGACCAACAGAUUGUGGCUUUGCUUUCUAUGGUGAGACACAUUGAGGUCCGCCUAAAGCAGCAGCAGCAGCAACAGUCCGUUGGUCGAGGUCUCUCCACAAUCGAUGACAUAAUCAAACAGAUAGAGAUGCUUUUUCUGGAAAUUAGUGACCUGGAACCAGAAGUGCACAAGGACACUGAAGCAGCUACACAGCUGCUGGAGUCUUACCCUCAGGAUGUUCCACCUCAGCUGCUUAAGGCCCUGGAAAAAGAUGGGCGAAGCUUAGCUCGGGCUUACAGUGCAGCCAGGGACCUUGCCCAGAAUACUUUGCAGGGGUUACGAGCACAACGUGAUGCACUAAAUGAAGCUGUAAGCAGUCAGCUGAAAGCUUUACUAGAGCAAGUUGAUAAACUUCUUAUCUGGCUUAAGGAGACUGAGACACAAAUGCAGGAAGAAACAGGGGUACAUGGACAGACGGUGGCCGAGAUCACUCGAAAGCAACAGUUGUGCAAAAUGUUACAGAACUCUCUUGCUGCCCGAUCCAAUGAAGUCAGCAAUGUGGCGUUCAAUAUUCAGGUGUUUAUCUCUGAACAUGCUCAGGACCUGUUGCCUGAUCAGAGCAGGCGUCUCCUUGGACAACUGGAGCAGCUACAGAGGGUCUUUCACCAGGCUGUUGGUCUCAGUCAUGCCAGGGCAGAGGCACUAUCAGCCCAGCAGGCGAGAGAGAACCAACAAAUGAGGAAAGAACAGAAAGAAAAAGAAGAGAGAAUGGAAAAAGAGAGACAAACUACAAGGGAUAGAGAGGUUGUGCAGCAGCAGAAGGCAGAAUGCUGUCAAAAACUGGAGAAUCUCACAAUGUGGUUGGCUGGUGCUGCCAGCCUCUUGGCCAAUCAGAGAGUUGGAACCGAGUCAGAUGAUGUGAACGAGUUACAGCAGAAGCAAAGAGAGCUUAAGGAGGUGGAGAAGGACCUUCAGACCAAAAGUGACUUGUUGACUGAGACUAUCCACUCAGUGGAGGAGUUGCUGUCUGAGCAGGGUGACAGUUUGAGUCCUGAAGAGAGGGCCAAACUACAGGGGACUCUUUCACAAAUGAAAGAGAAGCACGGCUCACUUACAAACUCAGUCCGCUCUUCACUAAGUAAAGUAGACACUGCCAUUGUCACAACACUGCAACAGAACACACAAAGAGCUAAAGCAGAGGAGCAGAUGCAGGAGACACAGGAAAAAAUAGACACACUUCUCAGAGAAUUGUCAUCACUGGAUGACUCAAAGAGGAGGUCACUUGGCAACACUGUCACUGACACCCCAUCAUCUGUACCACCGGAGAAUGCUAUAAAUUCCCACAGUGACAUGCUUCAGAGUGAGCUGCAGCAGUUACAAGCUCAACAGGCUCACCUUCAGCAGGUGGCCCAGUCUGUACACUCUCUCCUGGAACAGCCCGACUCCAGUGUGCCGCCAGAGGAGAAACAGCGCUUACGGGCAAAACUAGAACAAUUACAGAAUCAGCAUCAGGAGCGCCUUCAGAACUGUCAGGACAGGCUGAGGCAGGCAGAGGCCCUCGGAGAUGAGUUUGCCAAGUUUGUGCAGGAGCAUGGGAACCUAGGGACAUGGCUGGAUCAGAGUGAACAAGAGCUACGUUCACUCGGUGAAGGGGAAACUGAUGCAAAGGGCCUAAAAGAUAGGAUUGAGGAGCACAAAAAGCUUGCAGAAGAUGUCAUCUGUCACAAAGCAGAUCUGCGCUUUGUGACAAUCUCUGGGCAGAAGGUUCUGGAUUCUAUCCAGGGGGCCUUGGAGAAGGUGGGCAGUAUGGAUCCAGCUCUGGAGGAAACCAGACACCUAGUGAGUGGCAAGCUCCAAGACGCCACACAGCGCUAUGGUUCAUUACACAGCAAGUCCUCAGAGCUUGGCACCCGUCUCUCAGGUCUCCUGGAGCGAUACCAACACUACCAAGAUGAGGCUGGCUCUUUAGUCUCCUGGCUGAGCACUCAGGAGCAAAAUCAGAGUGUAUUUAAAGCCAGCGGAGAGCAAACAGACACUCAGACAUUGCAGCAUACGCUCAGUACUGUACAGCUGUUGCAGGAUGAGUUGGCAGAGCGUUCGGUACAGCUUGAGAAGGUCAGGAGGGCAGGAAAAGAGCUGGUCAGCACUCAGGAGUCCCCUGCUCUCAAAAAUGCAGAUAUUAACAAUCUUACAGAUACUCUGGAGAAGCGCUUUGAAAUCCUGUCUAAUUCAGUGUCAGUGAGAGCCGAACUGCUUCAAACAGCUGUUGCCCAAUCAGUCAGCGUUCAGGAGGGGCUUAAAGCACUGCUGGCAUGGUUAGAUGGACUACCUUUAUCACCUGGCGCAGUCCAGGCCACCGCUCAAGCAGUUCAGGAUGCCCUGACACAAAAUCAGAAAAUACGUCAGGAGCUGCUUUCAAGGCAGGGCAGCCUGGAUGCAACUUUGGACUCUGUGUCCAAGCUUCUGAAGUCUGCAGAUGCAUCGACAGCGUCUGGCCUGCAGGGGGCACUACAGGACCUGAGUCAGCGCUACACUGCGGCCCAGGCCAAACAGGCUGAAAGAGAGACUGAGUUGCGAGGACUUUUGCCCAAGUUGGAGAGCUUUGAGCGACAGAGUGCAGAUCUCCACAGCUUUACGCAGAGUCGAGAAAGGGCUCUCAGCCCAGUAGGCCAACCUGACUGCAGUGUGGAUGACUACAGACAGACCAUAGAGGAGGUGAGAUCAGAAAUUACCCAAGAGUCGAGUCAAUUAAAGUCAUUUGUCGAGCUCGGUUCAGACCUAAGCCAGUCUGGGAUCCUUGCCAAUGUACAAAGCCUUCUGGACACAGCCAAAGAGGUUUCUGAGGACUUUGCACGUUUGGAAUCCAAUGUCAAUGAGAGAUUUGAUUCCAUCCAGAGCUGCGUCCAGCAACUGGCGGAGUUCCGCUCUCACUCUGGCUCGCUCCUCAGGUGGCUGCAGACAGUACAAGAACAACUUCCUGCCAAAGAGCCCAAUCUAAGCACAGAAAGCCUGCAGAGAAGAGCACAGCAGCUUAAAGAUCUACUCACAGAAUGGGAGACCCAAGGAAGCCAAGUUCAGGAGUUGAACAAGACCAGUUCACAACUGGAGAACUUGAUUAUUAACAUCACAUCCCCCAAGAACAAGGCUGGUGUUUCCCAGCUCAAUGGUGCUACCAGCCCCAACAGUGUUAAUGGCAUUCACACCUGUAAAGACUUGACUGAGAUCCAGGUGGCAGUGGCAGAUGUGAACUGCAUGUAUGAGCAGCUGGGCAGUGAUCUGAGGGAAAGGAAGGGUAGGCAAGAGGCCUCUCUUGACCUGCGGCAGAAGGCCAGGCAGGGCACUGAGGCACUCAUCCAGUGGCUGAGCCCCCGUGAACAGAGCCUGGCACAAGGGCAGACCGCCUCACCUUCUCGGCCAGAGGUGGUGCGUGCUCAAGCCCAAGAGACUAAGGUUUUGUUUUCUGAACUUGCCGAGCAUUCUGGGAAAGUGGAGGAUCUGAAGAACAUUCUCAAGCAGCUAAUAACAGAUAAUCCAGACUCUCCUGAAGCUGAGACAUGGAAACGUCAGCUUGAAGACAUAGACUCACGGUGGACGAAGGCCAAUCAGACUGCAGCACAGAAGCAGACUGAAUUGGAGGUGUGUGCUGAUAGGCUUGAUAGUUUUGCUGCAGCAGCCAGUCAGCUAGGACCAUGGCUACGAGAGAAAGAGCUGAUGAUGAGUGUAUUAGGCCCACUGAGUAUCGACCCCAACAUGCUCAACACACAGAAACAGCAAGUGCAGUUCAUGCUACGUGAGUUUGAGACACGGCAACCCCAGUUUGACCAGCUGACUCGGGCGGCAGAGGGAAUCCUCUCCCCGUCUGGAGACGAGGCUUCUAGAGAUGGACAGGACCUAGAGGAGGUGAGGCAGGAGCUGGCAGACGUUUCACAGCAGUGGGAAGACCUCACCGCUCGUCUCACCGGCCGUUCACAGCAGAUCGACCAGGCGCAGGGAACCAGCGAGUGCUACCUGGCCCUGCUCAGGGAGCUGUCUCAGAGCAUGGCCGAUCUAGGUGAGAGGCUGGAUGCGCAGACCUCUCUAAGCGCUCAGCCUGAAGCCCUGCGCCGUAGGCUUCAGGAAACUGGGGAGAUCCGUGCUGUGCUGGAACAGAGACGAGGUCAACUUGCCCAGGCUGAGCAGCUGUGUUUGGAGCUCAGCACAAUUGUGGCCGAACCAUAUCUCAGAGAUGAGUUACACAAGAGAUUGGAGAGUGUGAGUGGGCCCCUCAAAAACCUAGAAGAACGGGCUGCUGAUGGCUUGUCCCAGCUGCAGGCUGCCCUGUCCAGCACUCAGCAGUUCCAGCAGAUGUUUGACGAGCUUCGUGGCUGGUUGGACGGGCAGGCUGGGAAUCACACCGCUGGGGAUUCUGAAGGCCUUCCUUGCCAACCUGAUGCUCUAAAGACCCUUUUGGCCCAACAAGAGGAUCUCCAGCGAGCCAUAGCACAACAACGUGGAUCCUAUGAGCUCAUCCAGGCCGAGGGGACAUCUUUGCUAGCAUCCCUCCCUGCUGGAGAUGAGCGAUUAGCCCUACAGACUCGACUAAACACCUUAAGGCAAGACUGGGAGGGCAUAAACCAACAAACCUCUAAUAAACAUAGUCGAAUAAAAGAGACACUGUCCCGUGCUGAGCUGUACCAACAACAUCGCAAUGAGCUUGUACCUUGGGUUGCAGAAUGUGAGGAAAGGGAGGCAGAGAUCCACCCAUCACUGGAUCCCUCCACCUUAGACGAGGCUUUGCAAAAGGCUAGACAGUUGAGCCUAGACUUGGAUCGUCGUCGCCGCCUCUUAGAUUCUCUGAACAUGGCAGCAGAUCAGCUGCUGGAGCAGAGCUGUACUGGUGAAGAGGAAGUGAUGGAUGAAAAAGCCCAACUUAAUCGCAGGAUAGAUGGUCUCUCUGAGCGACUACAGGGACGCACGGCUCAGAUAGAAGAGUUGGGAAGCAGACUGAAGGAGUUUGAAGAUGGGAGACUGGCUGUGGAGAGAAGACUCGAGGCAGCCAGACAUCAGAUCGAGGUUCAGGAGGCGCUUGGGCCGCAAGCUUGUAGCAACAAAAGCCUGGAGCGUCUUCGUAGCCAACAAGAACUGUUAAACUCUAUACAGCCACAGGUAGUAUACCUGCAAAAUCUGGCUCUGGGGCUACUCCAGGAUGCGCCCGAGAUCUCCAGGGCCGGCGAAGAUGGUGGCCAGAGGCUGUUGCAGCAAGCUCGUGAUGCGGAAAAAGAGUUUGAAGAAGUUACUGAGAAGACAGAGCAAUGCUGCUUAUCCUUGGAGUCCCGGUUGCAAGGUGUGGGAGAGGUCCAGUCACAUGUUCGAGAUGUUUUCUCCCGCCUGGCUGAUUUGGACGAUGAGUUGGACAGCCUUAGCCCUGUGGGACGGGAUACUGACUCCUUGGCCUCACAGGCUGAUGCUGUUAGGGGCUUCCUGAGUCGACUCAGUGCCCUCCGUGCCGAGCUAGAGAGUCAUGGUGGAGAAUGCACGACUAUGCUGCGUAGAGAGGGAAGCUCUCCUGAUCUUCUGGCCCUCAGGCGAGAGACUGAAGCACUAAGCAGACAGGCAGGCAAGCUGGCAGAACGGGGCCAGAACCGUCUGGCACUCAUAGAAGCCGCAGAAGAGCGAAUGAAGGAGUUCUACGCCCGUCUAGCUGACCUACAAGGGUUGCUGGGACGGGCAGAGGAGGUGCUGGACACACAGGCCGUCGUGGGGACAGAAGUGGAGGUCAUCAAACAGCAGCUUCAGGAAUUCAAGGCCGUAGAAAGGGAGCAGAUAGACAGCAUUCAGCCUAAACUGCAACAUGUCAACGCUGUGGGUCAAGGUCUUAUCCAGAGUGCAGCUAAACACACUGACACUCAGGGCCUGGAACAUGACUUGGAGACCACCAACCUGCGCUGGAACUCCCUCAACAAGAGGGUUGCUGAAAGAAUCGCACAGCUGCAGGAGGCCCUGUUGCAUUGUGGGAAGUUCCAAGAUGCUCUGGAGCCACUCUUGAGCUGGCUUAGUGACACAGAGGAGCUCAUAGCCAAUCAGAAACCUCCGUCUGCUGAGUACCGUGUGGUCAAAGCACAAAUUCAGGAACAAAAGCUGCUGCAACGGUUACUGGAUGACCGCCUUGGGACAGUAGAAAUGAUCAGGGCAGAAGGAGAGCGAAUCGCUGCUACGGCCGAGACACAAGACAGAGACAAAAUCCAGAAACAACUUAAGAGCCUAGGAGAGAGAUGGACAAAUCUGCUGGAAAAGGCCAGUGCCAGGCAGCGGCAGCUAGAGGAGCUGCAGGUGUUAGCGCUGCAGUUCCACGAGGCAGUGGAGCCACUUGGUGAGUGGUUGAGCACAUCAGAGAGACGUCUGAGCUCCACUGAGCCAAUGGGAACCCAGACCUCCAAAAUCACACAGCAGAUUGUAAGGCACAAGGCUCUCCAAGAGGAGGUAUCCUCUCGGGAGAAUGAUGUAGACCAUCUUGAGACUCUCAGUCAAUCACUGCACCCGCUCAGCUGUGCGGCUGAUCGUGAUUGGCUGGGUGAACGUGUGGCGGCAGUGCGCAACGGGCACACGGAGCUGCAUGAUUGGUGCAAUCGGAGAGAGGCCAUGCUGGAGCAGGCCCUGGCCAAUGCACAGCUAUUUGGAGAAGAAGAGGUGGAAGUCCUUAACUGGCUAGCUGAGGUGGCGCAGAGACUGGCUGAGGUCUCAGUGCAGAGUUAUCAGCCGGAGCUACUAGAGCAGCAACACAAACACACACUGGCUCUUAAUGAAGAGAUUAUCAGCAGGAAGAAGACAGUGGACCAAGCCAUUAAGAAUGGACAGGCUCUGCUUAAACAAACUACUGGUGAGGAGGUCCUGUUGAUUCAAGAGAAGCUAGAUGACAUCAAAAGCCGCUACGCAGAGAUGACAGCAGGCAGCAGCAAGGCCCUCCGUACUCUCGAACAGGCCCUUCAGUUGGCCACGCGAUUUGCUAGCUCGCAUGAUGACAUCAGCCAAUGGUUGGAUAGCGUGGAGUCGGAGCUUAACAACAUUGAGCCAGACACAGCACCAGCCUAUCAGGACAGACAGAGGGAGCUGAAGUGCGUGUCUGCUGAGAAGAGGUUAGUUCUGGACACAGUGAAUGAGGUGGGCAGUGCUUUACUGGAUCUGGUGCCCUGGUGUGCACGGGAAGGCCUGGACCGCCUGGUCGCCGAUGCCAAUCAGCGCUACCGCCAAGCGGAUAUGUAUGUAUGUAUGUAUGUAUUGUAUUUGUGUGUGUUAUUGUUUCAGUAUGAGGAGGCAGUUGAUGCAGAGCUGACCUGGGUCGGAGAGACCGAGAGGAAGUUGGCGUCUCUGGGGCCUCUGAGUCUGGAGCCUGAUUUGACUGUGGCACAGCUCCAGGUGCAAAGAGCCUUUAACAUCGACAUCAUUCGUCACAAAGAUACUGUGGACCAACUCCUUAAGACACGAGAGGACAUCCUGGAGAGCUGUAGUGAACAGCAGAGAGAGGCUCUGAAGGUGAAGACAGACUCUUUAAGUGCUCGUUAUGAAGCAGUAAAUCAGAGUCAUGCUGAGCGCUUCUCAGCUCUAGAGCAGGCUCAGGUCCUGGUAGCACGGUUCUGGGAGACGUAUGAGGAACUUGAACCCUGGCUGGGUGAGACCGAGACUCUGAUUACCCAGCAAGCCCCUCCCGCCAUUGACACAGAAGCACUCAGACAACAGCAAGACCAGAUGAGGCUUUUGAGAGAGUCCAUCGCUGAGCACAAGCCUCACAUAGAUAAACUGCUAAAGAUCGGUCCACAGCUGGCAGAACUCAGUGCCCAGGAAGGGGCAACAUUGAGACAACGUUAUAAUGAAGCAGAGAGACGUUACCUCAGCAUCAAAGAGGAGGUCAAAGGUCAAGCCACAGCACUGGAUGAAGCCGUGUCACAGUCUGUCCAGCUGGUAGAGUUCCACGAUAAGAUGGACCCUCUUUUGGAGACUCUGGAAGGUGCAGUUCAACGCUUGCGGCAGCCACCUCCAGUGGCGGCUGAGGUGGAGAAGAUCCGGGAGCAACUUGCAGAGCACCGGGUUACAGGACUAGAGCUGGACAAACUCCUUCCAUCUUUCAGCGCCCUGUGUGCCCGAGGAGAAGAGCUCAUCGGUCGCGCCCCACACGACGAUCCUGCCGCCCAGGCGGUGCGUUCGCGACUCUUACGGCUGCGUUCUCUGUGGGAUGAGAUCAGGCAGAGGGCAGAGGAAAGAGAAGGAAAGCUUCAGGAUGUUCUAGAUCUCGCCGGAAAGUUCUGGGCCGACAUGGCCGCUCUGCUGAGCACACUUCGUGACUCUCAGGAUAUUGUGAAAGAUCUGGAGGACCCAGGGGUGGAUCCUUCACUUAUAAAACAACAAAUAGAGGCAGCCGAGGCCAUUAAGCAAGAGACAGAUGGGCUGAGGGAAGAACUGGAGAUCGUACGAACACUUGGAGCUGACCUCAUCUUUGCCUGCGGAGAGACUGAGAAACCAGAGGUCAAGAAGACCAUCGAUGAGAUGAAUGCAGCCUGGGAAGUCUUGAACCGCACGUGGAGAGAGAGAAUGGAGAGACUGGAAGAGGCCAUGACUGCCUCUGUGCUGUACCAGGAUGCUCUUCAGGGCAUGUUUGACUACUUGGACAAUGCUGUCAUCAAACUGUGUGACAUGCCAGCUGUAGGGACAGACCUCAGCACUGUUAAACAACAGAUCGAGGAGCUCAAGCAAUAUAAAGUGGAAGUUUACCAGCAACAGAUUGACAUGGAGAAGCUUUGCCACCAAGGAGAGCUGCUGCUCAAAAAAGUGAGCGACCAAACAGACCGAGACAUGAUUCAGGAGCCUCUCACUGAGCUACGCCACCUGUGGGAUAACUUGGUGGACAAAAUCACAAUCAGACAGCACAAACUGGAGGGUGCACUGUUGGCUCUAGGUCAGUUCCAGCAUGCUCUCUCUGAGCUGCAGUCUUGGCUCAGUCACACUCACGCCACACUGGACACCCAGCGACCCAUCAGCUCUGACCCCAAGGCCAUCGAAAUUGAGCUGGCUAAGCAUCAUGUUUUAAGAAACGACGUGCUGUCCCAUCGGGCUACAGUAGAGACGGUGAACAGUGCAGGCUCUGAGCUUCUGGAGUCCAGUCCUGGAGACGAAAUCAACCACCUGAGAGACCAGCUGGAUGAGCUCAACCGCAGCUGGAAGAACCUUCUGCUGAAGACUGAUGAGAGGCAGAAGCUUUUGGAAGCUGCCCUGCAACAGGCGGAGGGUUUCCAUGGAGAGUUGGAGGAGUUUCUGCUGUGGCUCAGACGCACAGAGAGUCAGCUGUCCGCUGCCAAACCCACAGGUGGCCUGCCUGAGACCGCCAGAGAGCAGCUGCAGCAACACAUGGAGCUUCAGGCUCAGUUGACCCAGAGGACUGAGCAGUACCAUCGGCUACUGGAUCAGGGAGAGUCCAUUCUGCUGGCCAGAGGAGGGGAGGAUGCAGGACCUGGUACCACCCAGACCCAGCAAAACCUGGCCAUGCUACAGAACAAGUGGGCCAGUCUCAAUACCAAAAUGGAUGACAGAAGGGAUAAACUGGAGGAAGCCGUCUCGUUGGCGACAGGAUUCCAGACCUCCCUGCAGGACACCAUAAACUGGCUGACACAGGCAGAGCAGACUCUCAACAUGGCUCAGCCACCCAGCCUCAUUCUCGACACCGUCCUAUUCCAGAUAGAUGAGCACAAGGUGUUUGUGAAUGAGGUGAACACUCACAGAGAGCAGGUUCUGGCUCUGGAGAAAGCUGGCUCUCAGCUGCGGUUUGCCAGUCUCAAACAGGAUGUGGUUCUCAUCAAGAACCUGCUGCUCAGUGUACAGGCCCGCUGGGACAAACUGGUGCAGAGAUCACUAGACCGAGGACGUCACCUGGAUGAGGCCCGCAAGAGAGCCAAACAGUUUCAUGAGGCCUGGAGGAAACUGACAGACUGGUUAGAGGAAGCAGAGAGCAGGCUGGACUCUGAGUUGGAAAUUUCUAAUGAGCCUGACAAGAUUAAAAUCCAGCUGGCCAAACAUAAGGAGUUCCAGAAGUCUCUUGGCUCCAAGCAGCCAGUGUAUGACACCACAGUGCGCUCUGGGAAGGCCAUGAGAGACAAGGCAACACUGCCAGCAGACACACAAAAACUGGACAACUUGUUGGGCGAGGUCCGUGACAAAUGGGACACAGUUUGUGGAAAGAGCGUGGAGAGACAACACAAGUUGGAGGAAGCCCUCUUGUUCUCAGGUCAGUUUGCUGAGGCUCUCCAGGCACUUGUUGACUGGCUAUAUCGUGUGGAACCUCAGCUUGCAGAGGACCAGCCUGUCCAUGGAGAUCUGGAUCUUGUUUCCAACCUAAUGGACUCCCAUAAGGUCUUCCAGAAAGAGCUGGGAAAAAGGACCAGUAGUGUACAGGCUCUGAAGCGGUCUGCCCGAGAGCUGAUGGAGACGGGCCGGGACGACACCGCCUGGGUCAAAGUUCAACUGCAGGAGCUUAGCAACCGCUGGGAAACAGUCUGUGCCCUGUCUGUUUCAAAACAGACUCGCCUCCAGCAGGCCCUCAAACAGGCAGAGGAGUUCCGCACAGCUGUUCAGAUGUUGCUGGAGUGGCUUUCGGAGGCAGAGCAAACUUUGCGCUUCCGGGGCGUCCUGCCAGAGGAGGUAGAGACGCUGCAGGCACUACUGCACACACACCGGGAUUUCAUGCAGACAGUGGAGGAGAAGAGAGUGGAUGUCAAUAAAGCUGCUGGCAUGGGUGAAGCCAUCCUAGCUGUGUGCCACCCAGACUGCAUCACAACCAUCAAACACUGGAUCACCAUCAUCAGAGCUCGUUUUGAAGAGGUGCUGACAUGGACCAAACAGCACGAGCAGCGCUUGGAGACGGCUCUGACUGAAUUGCUCAACAAUGCUGCACUACUGGAGGAGCUGUUGUCAUGGCUACAGUGGGCGGAGACCACACUGGUGCAGCAGGAUACUGAACCACUCCCCCAGGACAUUCCUCAACUGAAGACACUAAUUACAGAGCAUCAGGUGUUUAUGGAAGAAAUGACUCGGAAACAGCCUGAUGUUGACAAAGUGACAAAGACAUACAAGAGGAAACCAGCAGAACAUCCCAGCAGCCUGUCAGACAGGAGAGGGGCCCGAAAACACCAGCAACAACAGCACUCAGUACAGGUAACCGGUGGUAACCCUCGCCUCACCCAGCUCUGCUCCCACUGGCAACAAGUGUGGCUGCUCGCCCUUGAUCGCCAGCGCAAGCUGAAUGAUGCUCUCGACAGACUAGAGGAGCUUAAAGAGUUUGCCAACUUUGACUUUGAUGUGUGGAGGAAGAAAUACAUGCGCUGGAUGAACCACAAGAAGUCUCGAGUCAUGGACUUCUUCCGACGCAUCGACAAGGACCAGGAUGGAAAGAUCACUCGCCAAGAGUUUAUCGAUGGCAUCUUGGCAUCAAAGUUUCCUACCAGCAAGCUGGAGAUGACAGCUGUUGCUGAUAUCUUUGACCGUGAUUGUGAUGGCUACAUCGACUACUAUGAAUUUGUGGCUGCUUUGCACCCUAACAAAGAUGCUUACAGACCCACAACAGACGCUGAUAAGAUCGAAGAUGAGGUCACCAGACAAGUGGCCCAGUGCAAGUGUGCCAAGAGGUUUCAGGUUGAGCAGAUUGGAGAGAACAAGUACAGGUUCUUCCUUGGGAAUCAGUUCGGAGACUCACAGCAGCUGCGUCUUGUACGAAUCCUGCGCAGUACAGUCAUGGUUCGAGUUGGAGGAGGGUGGAUGGCACUGGAUGAAUUCCUGGUGAAGAACGACCCUUGUCGAGCUCGUGGACGUACCAACCUGGAGCUUCGAGAAAAGUUCAUUCUUCCAGAGGGAGCUACGCAGGGUCUGGCAGCCUUCCGGUCCCGGGGGCGGCGAUCCAAACCUUCGUCACGCACUGCCUCACCCACCCGUUCAUCUUCAUCUGCAUCGCACAGCGCCCACAGCUGCGCCUCUCUACCCUCUGCACCCGCAACGCCCACAGCCUCCUCAAGGUCCUCCCAAUCCCAAUCUCGUGGCUAUGCCAAGCCCUGGCUGGCACACAGUAAAACUCCAACACCAACCAAGUGCCAGUCCUGCCCAGAGCACAGCCAGACCCCUGGGCAUGAGGGAGGCUCCACAUCUAAGCUGAAAAGACCAACUUUCCAUUCCAGCCGUGGCUCCUUAACUGGUGAGAAUGGUGGAACACCAACCGCUACUAAACCUGGACGCUCCGACACCAAACGCACUCCGUCCUCGACGAGCGGCCCAGCCAGUCGAGCGGGGAGUCGUGCUGGAAGCCGUGCCAGCAGCCGAAGGGGCAGCGACGCUUCAGACACGUCUGAGCUCAUGGAGACACGCUCGGCUUGCUCCGACACCUCAGACACCCCUCACCGGCCUGGGGCCAAACCCUCCAAAAUCCCCACCAUCUCCAAGAAGGCCCCCAGCCCCAAAACACCAGCGGCCAAGAAAUGAAGUCGCCACCUUAUCAGUCUAUGUGACUGACUCUGAGGUGGUUGUGAUUUAACCAGCAGGAGGAGAACACCACACCUUCCUCUCUCAGACGGCUAAUGUGCCGCUCCGCCAGCUCAGACGAGACAGGACCAGACUUAACACCUCCAGCGUCUAGCGCAGCCGCACACUGCUGCACCACCCAGAUCAAUACCUACCAUAAUGCUGCCUUAUUUGUGUUCUACAUCAUGUCCUUAAUUUAACUGGCAUUGCGAUUUCUUGAAUGUGCGAUGGAGAACAUCCGGUGUGAGCAGACA